AUGCAUUUGAUAUUUCUGGCCACUUUGCUCGUCAGCAUCCUUUCGCCUUGGCUUCAUCCAUCACUAGCGUCAUCCGUUUCUCAAGGAGUAGAGGACAAGGUUGAGAGGGACGCAGUGCCAGCUCUGCUGAAGCAACAGGCAACUGCAGCACCUGCUACAGACAACAUAACACACCAUGCAGUAGAGCAUGUGAUCACCUACCCCUCGCGGUUGAUCUACUACCUAAACGAGGACUCGGAGAGUACCUACCAUGACUUGGACACCCGGGCCAAGAACCAAGCCACAGAGGGCCAGGCAGUCCACCUCGCCCAAGCCAGCUUCCAGUUAGAGGCAUUUGGCACCAGGUUUGUCCUGGAUCUAGCACUGAACAAUGAUUUGCUGUCUUCAGAUUAUGUUGAGAUCCACUACGAGGGCGGCAAACCUGUUCUCUCGAAGGGUGGUGAGCACUGUUACUACCACGGCCAGGUGAGAGGGAACGAUAACUCCCAUGUGGCCUUAUCUACCUGCAACGGGCUGCACGGGAUGUUUGACGAUGGAGUCUAUAUGUAUCUAAUUGAGCCCUUACAACAGACUCAUUCAAUCGAUACAGCUGCAAGGCCUCACAAAUUAAAAAGAACAGCCUCCCUUGACUGGAACAAUGAUUCAGAGGAACAGGUUGAGGAGGAGCAGCUCUUCUCAGAGCUGGAUGACUUGUCCUGGCUGAAGCGCAGGAAAAAGCGAGCAAUGCCUCGCAGUGUAUUUGAGGAGAUGAAGUAUUUGGAGAUCAUGAUUGUCAGUGACCACAGUAUGUUUAAACGACACAAGACCAAGCAGCACACAAAGAAUUUUGCCAAGUCUGUGGUGAAUCUUGUGGAUGCUAUCUUCAAAGAGCAACUACACACACGCGUGGUGCUUGUUGCUGUGGAGAUCUGGACGGACAAAGAUCACAUCCCCAUCAGCGUGAGGCCACUGGAAAUGCUGCGGGACUUUGCCAAGUACCGGCAGCAGAGCAUCAAACACCAUGCCGACGCUGUGCACCUCAUCUCAAAUGUGACCUUCCACUACCGCAGAAGCAGCGCAGCGUACUUCGGAGGCAUGUGUUCUGCGACACGUGGAGUCGGGGUCAAUGAGUAUGGCACCAGCUUGGCCAUGGCAGGAGCUCUAUCCCAGAGCCUGGCUCAGAACCUUGGCAUCCAGUGGGACCCGGCAUCCAAGAGAAAGGAAUGUGGUUGUGUUGAGACGUGGACUGGCUGCAUAAUGGAGGACACUGGGGUCCAACACCCACGCAGAUUCUCCAAAUGCAGCAUCUCAGACUACAAGGAGUUUCUUCUUAAAGGUGGAGGCUCUUGUCUGUUCAACAGGCCAACUAAGCUGUUCGAGCAAACAGAAUGUGGGAACGGAUUUGUAGAAGUGGGAGAGGAGUGUGACUGCGGUGCGAGAACGGAGUGCUACAAGGAAUGCUGCAAGAAGUGUUCCCUUGCCAACGGUGCGCACUGCAGCGAUGGUCCAUGCUGCAAUAACACAUGUCUGUUUUAUCCACGAGGUUACAGUUGCCGCUAUGCUGUGAACGACUGCGAUAUCUCAGAGACCUGCUCUGGGGACUCUGGACAGUGCCCGCCCAACCUCCAUAAACAAGAUGGUUACCUCUGCCAGGUAAACCAGGGCCGCUGCUACAGUGGAGAGUGCAAGACCAGAGAGAACCAGUGUAAAUACAUCUGGGGUUCAAAGUCAGGAGGCUCUGAGAAGUUCUGCUAUGAGAAGCUGAACACAGAGGGCACCGACAAGGGCAACUGUGGAAAGGACGGAGACAAAUGGAUCCAGUGUAGCAAACAUGAUGUGUUCUGUGGUUACCUUUUGUGUACCAACAUUGGCCGCAACCCACGCAUCGGGAUAGUAAAAGGAGAAAUUACUCCAGCCUCCUUCAACCAUCAAGGCAGGCUGAUAGAGUGCAGUGGUGGCCAUGUCCUUUUGGAUGAUGAGACCGAUUUAGGCUACGUGGAGGAUGGGACUCCCUGUGGGCCGUCAAUGAUGUGCCUUGAACGCAAGUGUCUGCCCAUCCAGUCACUCAACAUGAGCACUUGCCCUACUGGACCUAAUGGUCAGGUGUGCUCUACCCAUGGGGUGUGCAACAAUGAAGCCACAUGCACCUGUGACACCACCUGGGCGGGGACAGACUGUAGCAUGCCUGACCCGCCUAAAGAGCCUGAGGCCACUCAGGACGAAGGACCCAAGGGUCCUAGUGCCACCAAUCUAAUAAUAGGCUCCAUCGCCGGAGCCAUCCUUGUGGCUGCCAUAGUGCUGGGGGGGACUGGAUGGGGCUUUAAAAAUGUGAAGAAACGGCGAUAUGACCCCAACGCCUCAGCCAUUUAACCCAAGGAGAGAUGGCAAUCACAGACGGACUCCUCCAAGGCUUCCUUAGUUGGCUACCUGACAGCUGGACUGCACUUAUUGCUGCUGAUCUUUGGCAUUAGAUUUACUUGAAAAAGACAUAGUGGACAUUUUAAUAAAUUCCAUCGUAGUUAGAAAUGCAGCCUUUUCAACUCCACCUCACCCAUAUAACAAACGCACACCCCCCCCACCCUGAUCUCUAGAGUGACAGAGCUCCUCUGCCAUCCUUUAGUGCCAGUGCACAGGCGUUCAGGCGGAAUCCACACCACUCUCUCACCUGGCAUGACUAUCCGCACAAAACGUGCUGCUUGCUGGCCCCCUGGCAUGAAGAGUCCUCUCUGCAGGGCUCUGCAUGGCUACGAAAGCUAUGAAUAUACCGCAAAAAACAUACAAAGAGAAAAAAAACUGAAUUAUCUAAUGCAGGAGAUAGCCUGGUUAAAAACCAAACACAGUGGAAAGCCGGUUAAAGCUCCUAUAGUUCACGUUUAGGUGCUAUAGACAAUUAAGGAGGCUGCAUGUGAGGACCCAUAAGGGCAGUGUAUUUCACAUAGUGAAUGCACACACACAAAAUUGUACAUAAAUAAGGAGUUCAGGUUUGGUAUUAACAGCAUAUUUUACAAGGACAUAAAUUGCUUUUGUUUUUUAUCUUAGCAUGUUGUAUAGCGGGUGUUUUUGGCAAUGUUAUUGAAAAAAAUACUGCAAUUAUGAUUUGGGCCAAAAUUGUAAUCGCACGCUGCACAGCCUCCUGUGAUUUUCCGGGUGGAGGUCAAAGGUUAGAUUCACGGUGCCAUGAAAAUGUUGCAACGGCCCAUCAUUCAGAAACCCCAAUAGUCCAAGAUGGUCCCAUUAGACUGAAAGCCCAUUUGUCCAACAGCCCGUUGUUCCGAAAACAACAACCUGUUGCUCUGAAGGGUAUCUUCUUCUACUUCUGUACGUAGCCUAACUUUAAACAUACUCCACAGAGUUUUUAACUGGUUAGGAUACAGUCUCAGUAAAUACUAAUGCCUCUUUCUCUAUAUAGUUAUUCUUACUUAAAAACAGUGGAAACACUUCCGCUCUUGUCCACAGGGGUCGCCAAAAUCAACACAAAAAGAAUGUUCCUUGAAGCUGCUAGUAAGUAACAAAUAUGCUUAUUUGAACCCAAACCAUGAUCUUUUCCUAACCCUAACCAAGUAGUUUUGGUGCCUCAACCUAACUGUGACCGUCACAUUAUUGUUACCAUCACGACAAAGGUCACCUGACUUUGUCCUUUUCUGCGUGUUCCAGGGAGAUAGUGUAUUUUCAGAAAAGAAACAGGCCUUGGGAGCAGUGGGCUUUUGCUUUCGGGAUAACAGGCUGUAACACAAAUGUGCAUUCGGUCCAAUGGGACAUUUUUCAAACUAUUAGGAUUUCGGAAUAAUGACUCGUCGGAACAAUGGGCAGUCCCCAGAUUGGACGACAGCAGACAGAGCAGCUGUGGUGUCGAGGAGAAGCAUGUCAGUUCUAGAGGGAUUCAGACUGAUACCAUGUCAGAUUACCAAGAUCACAAGAAACCCCACCCCGCACCCCUCCCCCCGGAGUAUCUUCAACAGUGACUCAAAAGCCAAAGAACCAAUCACCUGAACAUAUGGAUGUUGUUGCACACAGAGCACUUUCCCCUCUGUCUGCAGCCAGUGGUGCCUCUCCUACUGCUGAGGGCAUGAAGUCUGUCCAUGCAGGCGCUCACCUGUCCAGCCAGGUCCCACGUAACAGUCCUCAUCAACACCCACUAUACUGGCUUAACCUUUUGCUCUCAUAAACUCUUAGUAGAAAUCAAGCUCAGCUCUACUGGAAACGCUGCAUGCAAUCACUAUAGUGGGCUUAUAAUUCUAUAUGGGAGUCCCCAAAAUCCGCAAGAAAAAUAUGCUACAAAAGAUAGGUGCAUGUCAACAACAAAAACAUUUAACUUUUAUUUACUAUGCAAAGAGAGAUAUUGCACAAAAGUAUGGGUAAUAAUGUCAUCAGUGUAGACAUGGAAUUACAAAAAGUUCUGCUAAAUCAGCUAAUCUUUUGUAUUUGGCCACUCCCACAUCUCGUUUCACUUCGCUUCAACGUACUCAAUCUAUGAAUGGACAAACAAAAAAAAGAACUGAUCUAAUAUUUCCAAUGAAAAGCAAGAGAGCACCCUUUUACAUUUGUGUAACUAAAAAUCAUUUUUGUGUGUUUUUCAUCUGAUAUCUGAUAUCUUUAAUAUCUGAUAUUUUUAAUCACACACAUACACAUACACAAACACGUACACAAACACACUAAUAUGGUGCCUGUGCAUAUUGAGGCCUGAACAGUUUCCUUGUGCAGGGCUAUUAUUUCCAGUCCAGCUGAUAGUUGGUGUGUUCCAGGUGCUGCCAUAGCACUGGCAUCGUUGUAAUCCUCCAUGUUACUCAUCGUCUGGUGUCCCUCUCUCACUGCAUCAUGUACAGUUGGACCGAUGAAUAAACUACUGACAAA